ACUGACCAAAGAUUGGGGCUGUCGCCAUAGGAGUGGUUUGCAUCUCCAGGAGUUUCAUUUUGCAUUUUCUCGUGAAAAGGGCUCCAUUGCGGGAAAGAACGGAAUUUCCUUUUCAAAGUGAGUGGUGUUUACAUGGACUAACGAUUGACUAAUAUGGCAUAUAGAAGAGAAGGAAAUCAAGAACAGCUUCUCUCUUCCAUCAUUUCAACUGUGAAUUCUCAUAAGUCUCCAGCAUGUGCCAGACAAGCUCAUAGAAUAUGUAUGGUGUCUGAUUUUUUUUACCCAAACAUGGGGGGAGUGGAAAGCCAUAUUUACCAGUUGUCACAAUGCCUAAUUGAAAGAGGACACAAAGUUAUUGUAGUCACCCAUGCUUAUGAAGAUCGCAAAGGCAUUCGAUACCUCACCAAUGGACUGAAAGUCUACUAUUUACCGUUAAGAGUAAUGUACAACCAAUCUACAGCCACUACUCUUUUCCACAGUCUGCCUCUGCUCAGGUAUAUAUUUAUACGAGAAAGAAUCACCAUUGUUCAUGCACAUAGUUCAUUUUCUUCUAUGGCUCAUGAUGCACUGUUCCAUGCUAAGACAAUGCAGCUACGGACAGUUUUUACAGACCAUUCACUUUUUGGAUUUGCUGAUGUCAGUUCAGUGCUUACAAAUAAACUCUUGACCGUAACCCUAUGUGAUACAAACCACAUAAUAUGUGUUUCUUACACAAGCAAAGAGAAUACUGUAUUAAGAGCAGCACUUAAUCCAGAAAUAGUUUCUGUCAUCCCUAAUGCUGUUGAUCCUACUGACUUCACUCCAGAUGCAUCUAGACGUGACAACAACACAAUAACUGUUGUUGUGGUUAGCAGGCUUGUAUAUAGAAAAGGUAUAGAUUUACUUAGUGGUAUAAUUCCUGAGCUCUGUCAGAAGUACCCUGAUUUACAUUUCUUAGUUGGAGGAGAAGGACCAAAAAGAAUUGUAUUAGAAGAAGUACGGGAAAGAUAUCAGCUACAUGAGAGAGUCCGUCUUCUAGGAGCCUUAGAACAUCAGGAAGUUAGAAAUGUCUUGGUUCAAGGACAUAUUUUUCUUAACACCUCUCUCACAGAAGCAUUUUGUAUGGCAAUUGUGGAAGCUGCCAGUUGUGGUUUACAGGUGGUGAGUACAAGAGUUGGUGGGAUUCCUGAGGUGCUUCCAGAUGAUUUUAUAAUCUUGUGUGAACCUUCAGUGAAAUCUCUCUGUAGUGGAUUGGAAAAAGCUAUUAGCCAACUGAAGUCAGGAUCAUUGCUGUCUCCAGAAUUUAUGCAUGACAAAGUUAGAACAUUCUAUACUUGGAGAAAUGUUGCAAAAAGAACUGAAAAAGUGUACAAUAGAGUGGCAAGUGAAACUGUAUUGCCAAUGGGCAAACGACUUGACAGACUUAUCACUCAUUGUGGCCCAGUGACUGGUUGCAUUUUUGCUCUUCUAGCUAUGCUCAGCUUUCUUUUUCUGAUAUUUCUGAAGUGGCUGAUACCAGAUGAUCUUAUUGAUACUGCAAUAGAUGCCACAGGCCUAAAUGGAGCAUGGACUAGAAAAUAUUUACGCAAUAAAAAGAAAAAAGAAAACACUACAAACUGUUAAAGGUGCUAAAAAGUGAAAGGAAAGGUUUCAUUCCCCUACGGUUAUGCAUUUGCUGUUAAAUUUACAUUUAUCAAGCAAAAAUGCUUAUAAGUCAUUGGGCAGCUUUCAGUAAUGAAUGGAAAGAAACUCAGUAAGAAGUUCUACCUCAGCAUAAAUCUAAACUGGCUUAGGCAAAACAUUUUUUCCAAGAUGUGUUGCAAAAUCUGUUCACAUUUAUUUUAGCUUGAAGUAUCUUAUAAAUACAUGAAUAUCAUUAUGCCCAUUAAUGAAAAGAGGUCAUCUGGGGAAAUAAGGGGAAAAAAUAGGUGAGUAGUUAGAUCUUUUGUCUAUUUUUUUAGAGCUUUUCCUGUUUUUAAUUUCUCUUGCACCAUCAUAAUACACUUAAAAAUUGUAUGGGAAAUAGCAGUAUAUAAAAGUUCCAGCAUAAUAUAAGAAAAUACCUGACUUUUAAAUGUGGAUUCCAGGUCUCCUUUUUGAACUGGUAUGAUUAACUAAAUAUGUCAGUAUGAUCAACUAAAAUUGAGAAAUGCACACCUUGUGAAGUUGGGAGAAUAUUCUCAUUGUUUAGGCAUCUAACACUCAUUUUUUUAAUAGUUUGGAAACAUGUAUAGCUGACGUAUUCUGGAUGCUUCCCUGCCAAUACUUUUUUAGCUUUUGGAAGACUUUUUUUGGAAAAAGCUCACUACAAUCAAAUAAGCCCUACUUCCAUGACAAGAUUGCCUUAUUUAAAGUAAAAAUAGAUGUUUCAGUCUUUUCCUAUAUAUGACUUCUUCUGUCUGAACAAUUUUGUUUUGCAGUAUUUUAUUUCUAAUGUUCCAAACAUCAGAAAACAUGAAGGCAGCUGUCAUUUUCUUUUACCCAAUCAUAAUUAUUUUGAGAAGGAAAAAUCACCCAAGAUAUUAAGCACUGAUGAAGUAUAUAUACCUAAGAUUUGAAAUUUCUAAUUUUUGUUUUCAUUAUUGUAAAAAACAAAACUUAAGCACUUCCAUUUUUUUAAUGAGAGAGUAAUCUUUUUAUUUGAAACCAUUUACAAAGAUCUGAACAUGUUUUGAGAAAGAAAAUCUAGGACAAACACACAGGUUUCCAACACAAGCUUGCCAAUGCCAGUAGAGUAUGAAGAGAACAUAAAUACUGUAGACGUGCAGUAGAACUUGUGUCAAUAUUCUUCGGCCUCUCCUAGUAAACUCAAUUGAUACCAUCUUUGGAGGAAUAUUAAUCAUAAUCCUGAACUAGUUGACAGUUUAUUUGGCAUGUUAUUUUUAAAAAGGGAAGAGUAAUUUAGGAGAAAUAUUAAUCAUAAUCCUGAACUAGUUGACAAUUUAUUUGGCAUAAUGUUAUUUUUAAAAAGAGGAGAGUAAUUUAGGCAGUAAUUUGGGUUGUUACUUCAUACCCUGGCAAGUGCAAUCUCAUAGCCCUUUGGCAUUUAGCUAGCAUUUCUAUUUCAGUAUUUUUCAGAAAAUGUCUAAGCUUUAUAAGUUGAAUGUUACUAUGGUCUCUAGAUCAGUCUUCUGUGACAAACAUGUUAAUUCAGGUAUCUUUCCUUAAGAGAACCAUGUCUGUAGAAUAGGACUCUGUUAUUUUUACAUCUUCUCAUACCUAUUGUUCCAUUGGCCUAACCCAAUAUUACAUGAGUAGACUUAUUCUUGUGCAAUACAGCUGUUCUCUGCAGAUUUAUUUAACUCUGUGGAAUAAUUUAUAUAAAGGGCUGCAGGAGAAGGAAUAAUUUCAUCUGCUAAAGGUGCUUGUUCUUCUGGUGGAAGAAUGCUAUUACAACGUGUAUUCUAUAAGUGAUUGUAUAUUUGAAGCUAUCUUUGGAUCUUUUCUUAAAUGUCUAAGUAUCGUAGCCUUACUACCUUAAGCGAUUUGCUUUUCUCUGCUCACGAUAUCCCUUUACAUCAAUCAUACUUGGUCUUAAUUUUUUCUGUCCACCACUGCAUAUGAGCAACUCCUUAUCCUGUAGAUCAUAGGAUGAGCCAAAACUGCUAUGUUACAUUUGAUAGUAGGAAAAACCUUUGCAUCUCAGAAAUAAUGUUGACGGUAUAUUUUGAUUUUUGGUAUAUGUUUCAGAGUAAAUAAUGGUUCAUACUGUUCUGUAUUUAUUGUGCAUACACUAUGGCUGCAUUUUGUAUUUAUGGCUUUUAGAACUGAGGCCAUUGUAAUCCAAUGAAUGUGCAGCCAUGGCUUCUUGGCUAUAGAAAAAAAAAAAAGAUUUUGCCCAUAAAUUGGACAUUCAGGUUAUCAGUUCCUCAAUCAUGGCUAGUCUAUGAAAAUAUUUCACAGUAAAAUUAAGUUCACUUUUUCUACUUCAUGCUCUUUUGAAAGUUACGAAAUUAGGUAAUUGUAAAAUCUUUGCAAGGUAGAACUUCAGUUCUUUAAUCGACUUCAUAACAAUUAUGGAAUGCAAGAAGUAUUGUUGCUUACACUACUGAUUGCAUCAAAUAUUCUACCAUGAUGGAAAGGUAGUUUUGCUAUAUAAAGUCAAAGAUUCAGGUUUCUGUCUUUUUCUACAAAUAAAACUUUUUAAAUACUCUUUGUUGAUAUGUUAGUAAAUGAUUAUUUACAAAUAAUGAUUUACCAUGAAAAAGUAAGUGGCAACAAAUUUGUUAGGCUAUGGACUUUUAAAAAAAAAAAAAUUCUGAGUACCAUUUCACCUUAGUUUUACUGGAAGCAUUUAAGAAAUUUUACAAAAAAAAAACAUUUUGAAACUGUACGGUAUAUUAAUUGGUAUAUACUGAUGGGAACUCUUAUCAGUAGGUAUAAUUUUGAUUAUAACAAAAGUAUUUCAGCAUUUGCCAAAUUGUGUAUUGCCAUACACAUUACAUUAUGUAUAGUUUAAAAAUGUAAUUACAAAUCCUCUCACAAUACAAUUUAAAUUUAAAAAAUGCUUCUAUUGACAAAAGGUAAGCUGAGGCUAUAUGAACCCAAAGUGGAACUGUUCCCUUGAAAAUUAAUUUGAAACUAAAUCCAUUUAAUUCCAAAUGAACUAUUUUAAGCUUUUGAGAAUAAAUAUAAAAGUUACUUUUAGAACCUAACCAUUACAUGUAAGAAUCAGAAAAUUGUUAUUUAAUUUAAUAAUAAUUGUGAAAUUUAUUUAUUUGCUUUUCUAAAUGAAAGUAGCUUCUGCAGCAGAAUGAACAAUAAAAAAUCUUACUGAUUGGGGGGGGGGUGAGAAAGGACAAUGCUUUUUCAUGGAUCAAUGGUUGAAAACAUCUCUUUUACAGUACAACACUUGAUUUUCAUUUCCAAAAGAGUUACUUGGAAAUCCAUGCCGUGUACCAUCCAGUACACUAGAAAGCCUAAUAUUCAGAGUCUGCUGUUUGUGAACAGUGCAAGUUUGAUAACAAGAGGACUAUUCAAGUAUAUUUAUAAAAUGACUUUUUAAACUGGAAUGAGCCCCAGCUGAAGGUUCAUGUAAUAGUUCAAGUACUUGUACAUGCAUGAAUUGUGCAAAAUUUUGGAAAGAGAAGAUCCUCAAGUUGGUGGAUUCUUCCUCACCUCAGCAUUCCUGACAUAGGUGGAGCUAUAUAUCCGUAAAGACUCCUGAUUCAUAUUGGAUUUAUAUACUGCUCUUCCAUUGCUUGCUGCAUCACUCAGUCUGAUUUAGGAAAAAAAAAAAAAUUUAAUGUCUUCAUAUGUAACUCUAAGAAGGGUAAGCCUUUUCUGAUUACUAUUGAUUAGUGCUCCAAGUUUCUUGCCUUUUGUAUGCAACACCAGGCAACAUACUCAUAUACAUAAAUGCAUAUUUUAUGGAGCUGAUAGUCCUGGGUGGGGAACCCCAAAUAUUAAAACAGUCAUUAAAAUACAGAAACACUGUGUUAAAGUAAUUUUGUGUGUAGUAGAAUUCUUCAAUACAGUAUUCAGUCUGGCAUGGAAAAUUUUAACAUUUCUAAAAGAUUUCCAGUGCCCCGUAACAAUUUAUUUUAUGUUUCUUCCCACAUCCCAUGGGUGUGGGCUAUGUCAUCUGUACCCCCAAAAUAAAUAUUUUUUUAC